AUGCUAAAAAAGUACUAUGAAUUAAUCGAUUCGAUAAAUAAAUCGAUCAUACGAAACGCUACCGAUGAAUUCGAUUCAUUUUCGGUGCUAUGGCUUGACAAUUCUGUAAAUACAACGCAAGAGAAUAUUCAUGGUCAAAAUUUAUUUCGCUCGUCGAUUGGUCAUCUGAAAACAUUCGAUAAUGUUGACAGAUGUGAAGAAUACAUUCGAGCGACUCCCAUCGAUGAGCGACUUAUUUUUAUUGUGAGUGGUCGGCUAGGUCGAAUAUUGACACCACGUAUUCAUCACUUACGACAAGUUUCUUCGAUUUACGUCUAUUGUCUAGAUAAAACCAUAAAUGAGCAAUGGGCUGUAGGUUAUACAAAGGUCAAAGAGAUCAUUACCAGCUUUCCGAAGUUAAUUGAAAAAAUCCAAGAAGAACGUUCAAAACGAAGUGAAAAUGAAGUCAACGAAAUUUUACCAUUCAGUGUAUCUUCUCAACAACAUGACUUUAUUGCUUCACAAUUAUUAACCAACGUUCUGCUUUCUCAUUUGUUACCUAUUCAAAACGACAAAAGUCAACUAGUUAAUCUUUUAAAAGAAAAAUAUUAUGACAUUGAUGCCGAAUUGAAACUUCUGCAAGCCUUCGAACAGAAUUAUUCAGCAAAUCAAGCUCUGGAUUGGUACAUGAGAGAUUCUUGUAUAUAUCGAGUUUUAAAACGAGCUAUUCGUCAACAAAAUCUCAAAUUAUUACUUUCCUUUCGAUUCUUUCUUCAAGAUGUUCAUCAAAUAAUCGAAAGUAAGAAAUGCACUUCGCCCGUACGAGUCUAUCGAAGUCAAUUGUUGACUAAAAGCGAGCUCACUGAGAUAUAUAAUUCGAUUAAUCAUUUCAUUUCAAUCAAUACGUUCUUCUCGACAAGUAUCUGUCGGGAAUUAGUCUUAAUGUUUCUCAAUCAAUCUUCUAAUGACCUAGAACGAGUUAUGUUUGAAAUCGAUGCUGAUCCAAAUCAUAUGUUAAGCAAACCAUUCUGCUUUAUUGAAUCGAAUACCUGUUUUCGACAAACCGAAGAAGUUUUAUUCACUAUCGGAUCAGUCUUUCGUUUAACUGAACUUCACCAGGAAGCUGAUGGACUGUGGAUUGUACGGUUAACAUCGUGUGCUGAUGAAGAUGAAAAGCAACUGAAAGAAAUCUUCAAACCGUAUUAUCUCGAUGACAAAAUCAAUUUGAUAGCGUUCGGAAAUCUUCUAAUAAAGUUAAACCGACUCGCGGACGCUGAGAAAUUCUUCGUUCAGUUAAUAAACGAAUACGUCGAUCAGCCCUGUCAUCUUGCUGAUUGCUAUUUUGCAUUAGGUAUUAUCGCGGAAGAAAGAAAGAUGUAUGAUGUCAGUUUAGAUUGGCACAAAACAUCGUUGGAAAUCAAAGUAAAAAAUUUAAGUGAAAAUGAUAUCAGUUUGGCGGAGAGUUACAAACACAUUGGUGAGAUUCAUUUACAAAAAUCGGAUUAUAAACAAGCACUAGCAGCGUAUCUACGAGCAUUAAAUGUUAGUUUACAAGUGUAUGACGAAAAUCAUGUACGUGUAGCGAUGUGUUACACAAAACUUGGUGGAAUUUAUCAGAAACAAGAAGAUUACAAAGAUGCGCUAAGUUGUUAUAAGAAAGCUUUGGCAAUUCAACAAAAACAGCCAUCCGACGAUAAUCCUGAUGUUGGUAUAGCUUACAAUAAUGUUGCCAUUAUCUAUGCUUGCCUCAAUCAGUACGAUCUAGCUUUUGAAUGUUAUGAGAAAGCACUUGAAAAUCUACAGAGAACACUUUCACCAUUGCAUCUCGAAGUCGCUGUUAGCUAUUGCGGACUUGGCUUGAUCUGCGAACACAAAAAUGAAUUUGAGAAAGCACUGUCGUUCUAUGAAAAAACAGGUGUUAUUUACCGACAAACACUUUCUUCGACUCAUGCUGAUGUCAUCGAAAUUGAACGGCAUAUUCGACGAAUAUCGUCAAAACUUUAA